AUGUCAGCCGUAAGACAAAAAGCAGCUAAUAAGACAACCAUUUGUCCACCGUCUAUUUGUCUCAGCCAGUUUUUAUCUACCAACCUUACCAGACAAUUUUGCUGUCCUCUUCCGCCUCACCUGGUAUCCUCUUCCGCCUCACCUGCUGUCCUCUUCUGCAUCACCAGCUGUCCUCUUCUGCCGCACCUGCUAUCCUCUUCUGCCUCACCUGUUAUCCUCUUCAGCCUCACCAGCUAUCCUCUUCAACCUCACCUGCUAUCCUCUUCCGCCUCAUCAGCUGUCCUCUUCCGCCUCACCUGCUAUCCUCUUCAGCCUUACUUGCUAUCCUCUUCUGCCUCACCAGCUGUCCUCUUCUGCCGCACCUAUCAUCCUCUUCCACCUCACCUGUUAUCCUCUUCAGCCUCACCAGCUAUCCCUUCAGCCUCACCUGAUAUCCUCUUCCGCCUCAUCAGCUGUCCUCUUCCGCCUCACCUGCUAUCCUCAUCAGCCUCACCUGCUAUCCUCUUCUGCCUCACCAGCUGUCUUCUUCUGCCGCACCUGCUAUCCUCUUCCGCCUCACGUGCUAUCCUCUUCUGCUUCACCUGCUGUCCUCUUCAGCAUCACCUGCUAUCCUCUUCAGCCUCACCUGCUAUCCUCUUCUGCCUCACCAGCUGUCCUUUUCUGCCGCACCUGCUAUCCUCUUCCGCCUCACCUACAAAAGAACCAGGCAAAGCACCCCAUCCAAGAGAAAAGAUCCAGACAGUGCACCCCAUCGAAGCGAGGAAAGAUCCAGGUAAAGCACCCCAUCCAAGCGAGGAAAGAUCCAAGCAGAACACCCCAUCCAAGCGCGAAAAGAUCCAGGCAGAUCACAUCAUCCAAACGAGUAAAGAUCCAGGCAGAGCACCCCAUCGAAGCGAGAAAAGAUCCAGACAGAGCAUCCAAGAGACAAAAGAUCCAGACAGAGCACCCCAUCCAAACGAGAAAAGAUCCAGGCAGAGCACCCCAUCCAAACGAGAAAAGAUCCAGGCAGAGCACCCCAUCCAAACGAGAAAAGAUCUAGGCAGAGCACCUCAUCCAAACGAGAAAAGAUUCAGGCAGAGCACCCCAUCCAAGCGAGAAAUGAUCCAGUCAGAGCACCCCAUCAAAGCGAGAAAAUAUCCAGGUAAAGCACCCCAUCCAAGAGGGAAAAGAUCCAGGCAAAACACUCCAUCCAAGCGAGACAAGAUCCAGGCAGAGCACCCCAUCCAAGCGAGAAAAGAUCCAGGCAGAGCACCCCAUCCAAGCGAGAAAAGAUCCAGGCAGAGCACCCCAUCCAAGAGAAAAAUAUCCAGGCUGAGAACUCCAUCCAAGCGAGAAAAUAUCCAGGUAGAGCACCUCAUUAAGUCCUUCUUAUUCCCACUUCGCCUUUUUACUCCCACUAACCCUCACUUAUCUGUUAACUCUGUCACUCUGUCACUAAAUCAUCCUUUCAUUAUUCUUCCAACUCUCUAUUCCCUAUCUUUUUGCCUCUCCGCUUUUUCUCCCUCCUCUUGUUGA